AAGAAUUGCUCCACCAGUACAUUGGUGAUUUUGCCAUCAAGGGCUCACGUCCCCAGCUCAGCUCACCGUUAACUUCAGACACGACCAUGGCGCUGCGGAGAGCGUCGCAGCGCAGCUCCGAGACUGCGCGCUGGCAGCUGCUGCGUUCAUACACGGCGCUAUCCCGCGCGCAGUUCCGUCACGCGCCGGCGCCCGCCACUUUCGCGCGCGCCGAGCCAUCGCUCACCAGCUCCGGUGUUCUCACGACCCCCGCAGGCGCCAACUCGCUGCUGCUAGACAACGCGCGUUUCAUAUCGCAGCGGCCGGCCCGUCGUAACAGCAACGGAGGCAGCACCAAGGAUGAAAAUACGGCUAAGGCGGCAGCGGAAACCUCCGCCACCUACGAGAUGUUGCUGCAACGACUGUACCAGGUGAACCGCUUCUCAGCAGUUAAGCUCGGACUCGAGAACAUGCAGAAACUGAACGCGGCCUUUGGAGAUCCAGCCUCACAGUUUGAGAUCAUUCACGUUGCAGGCACUAAUGGCAAAGGAUCCGUGGCCUUCAAGGUGGCAAAGGCUCUUGAGCGCUCUGGACACAAGACGGGGCUAUUCGUGUCCCCACACGUCGCGUGCUUCCGCGAGCGCGUGCAAGUCAACGGCCAACUCAUCUCUGAAAUCGAUGUGUGUGACGCGCUGUCCGAGAUCUUCAACAUCAGCGCACAGCUCCGAAUCCCGGCCACGUUCUUCGAGAUCACCACUAUGCUGGCCUUCAUGCAUUUCGCCAAGCAGGGCGUAGAUUGUGUCGUACUGGAGACGGGUCUCGGUGGUCGACUGGACUCGACCAACAUCGUAACACCAGCACUAUCAGUGAUCACGUCAAUCGGUCUCGACCACACGCGCAUUCUAGGCAACACCGUUGAGGCCAUUGCACGUGAGAAAGCAGGGAUCAUCAAACCGAACGUUCCGGUUGUGGUUGGACCAAACACCCCCGUAAACGUUAUGAUGGAAUUCGCGGCGCGGAAUAACGCACCGCUUGUACGCGUACCCCUCCAGGCGGACUUUGACGAAGACUAUAACGCCGAAAAUACGGCCAUCGCACGCGAAGCCUGUGUGCAGCUUAAUACACUUCAUGCCGGUGGAGCUAAGGAACUGUGUGUCGACUUAACAAACGAGCGCGUUAACACCGCACUGGAGUCACGUCCUCCGUGUCGCUUCCAGGUGCUGCACCUCAUGCGUCCUAACUCGAAGGAACGGAAGGUUACAGUGGUGCUGGACGUGGCACAUAACCCGCAGGCCAUCGACAAAUUGGUUGGACUGUUGCACAAGCAGCUUCCCGAUAAGAAAUUCCGGUUUGUGUGUGGUUUCUCAGCUGACAAGGCCAUCAACAAGGUACUGGACAAGAUCACGGACGUGGUUCGUGACACCCACCUGGACGAGAGCGACGAAGAGCUGCAGGAACGCAUCCAUUUGGUUAAGGCCAACCACCCACGCGGCGCGUCACUUGAGGAGAUUAACGUGGCGUUGGCAAAUGCCACUGCUGAGGGUGAACAGGCUCGUGUGUAUGAGACCAUUUCGACCAUCAAGGACGGCGUGAACGCCGCGCUGGCUGCGUCGCGCGCUUCGUCAGACGAUGAGGUUGUUGUGGUGUGUGGCAGCGUGUUCCUUAUGGCGGAGGCGCGCCAGGCUCUCGGCCUCAAAGAGCCAAUCGACAGCGCAGCACUCAACGCGGUGGCAGGCCUGCACCUGUCGACCCCUGAAAGCCGCCUCGCCGCCGCCGAGCAGGAAGUUGCAGUGGCUGCGGCCACGUAAAUGAAUCCGCGUCUUGCUUAGGAACUUAUGGAUAUUAUGUUAAGCUUAUGAAAUUAACAAGAUGCAGCUCAACUUUGUCGUUGCCCAAGGUGUGGAAAUUGUUGCAGGUAGGCAAG